AUGGCAACGGCUGAUGCUCACUUAAAUGUCGAGGACAAUGAAGAUGAUUCAACAACAAAUGACGGUUCUGCAAAAUCAGACGUUCAUGAAACAACAAUAAUUGCAAUGUCAGUUGAAACACAACCUAAAUCAAGUCUUGCAUUGGCAAGUGAAAAUGUUGUGAGUGAUCAUUCUAGUGGUGUGAGUAAAGACUUGUUCCUAAGAAUACCUGAUGUGGAUUCAGUUUCUCACCUAAGUUCGCGAAAGAACACUAAUAAAGAGAAGUCUGUAGCAUCUUGUGUUGCUGAAGAAAUGUCAACAAACACACAUGUAAUGACCACAAGAUCAAAAGUGAAACAAAAGAAAUCAACUGUUUUAACUCGGGAUUGUUUGUUAAGAAAUUCAAAAAGACGAAGCUUGAAAACGUUUCGUAGUGCAAGUUAUCGAUCAACAUCUGUUGUCCAGUCACAAAAAUCAGCUCUUAGUGAGUCGCAAAUAGAAAACAUCUAUGAAGCAAGAAAAAUAAGUCAGCAAAGAAAAACUGAGCUAGAGAAACAACAGCUCGGUAACCGGUUGCAACAAGAAAAAGAAAUUUGGGAAGAAAAUAACCAAAUUGAAGACUUAACACUGGAAAAGGAGUGGCAAGAACUCCUGCAGCAACAACAAGUUGAGGAAGAAGAAAUAAGAAAAGAAAAACAACGACAGGAAGAAGAAUUAAGAAAAGAAAACAACGUCAAGAAGAAGAAUUGA